AUGCGCUUCUUCACGCCGUCCAUACCCAACCUACGAGUUACCAUCAUCGCAGCCGAUGGGCUCUACAAGCGAGAUGUCUUCCGCUUUCCCGACCCGUUCGCGGUUGCUACGAUUAAUGGCGAGCAAACCAAGACGACAAGCGUGAGCAAGCGGACUUUGAACCCGUAUUGGAACGAGAGUUUUGACUUCACCGCAAACGAAGCCAGUAUUCUAGCCGUCCAGGUCUUUGAUCAGAAAAAGUUCAAGAAGAAGGACCAGGGUUUCCUGGGUGUGAUCAACAUUCGAGUGGGAGAUGUGAUUCCAGAGCUUGGUGCUGAUGCUGAUGACCAAAUGCUCACCCGAGAUCUGAAGAAGUCGACUGAUAACCUCGUUGUUCACGGAAAACUCAUCAUCAACCUAUCGUGCGAUCUCUCAGCACCCCUCCGAGGUGCUCAGGCUUCCUCCUCCCGUCCUGGUAUGCCAUCGGGGACGAACGGAUCCUCUCUCUCCACUCCCUCACUCGACAAUCGCCCCGGCUCCGCCAUGUCUGGCCAUAACAGCAAUGGUUUGUCGGCUUCGACAUCUCUAGCCCAUCGCCCAGCAAGUAUCUCGAACGGCAGUCAACCCCCUCCAGCAAGCCAGGCUGGAGCAUCUCGGCAGAGCAGUCAGCUCAGUCCCUUUGAGGAUGCGCAGGGCCGUCUCCCGGCUGGCUGGGAAAGGCGAGAGGACCAUCUCGGCCGUACAUAUUAUGUCGACCACAAUACUAGGACUACGAGCUGGAAUCGUCCGACUGCCAGUGGCGCUGCUGAGAACCAAAGAAACGCAGACGCAGUCACCCAGGUAGAGCGCCAGAGGCAUCAGAACCGAACUCUUCCCGAGGACAGGACCGGAGCCAACUCGCCGACUCCCGCAGGUCAGCAUUCACCACCCCAGAACACAGGCAGCCCGAAUGCCAACAGUGCUGGAGCAAGUGGCGGGCCAAACACAGCCAUUCACACUGGCGCUACAAGUCCAGGCAGUGGCGAACUCCCACCUGGGUGGGAACAGAGAUGGACCCCCGAAGGACGGCCAUACUUUGUUGACCACAACACCCGCACAACAACAUGGGUGGACCCUCGACGCCAACAGUAUAUUCGCAUGUAUGGCGGUCAAAACAAUACAAAUGGCCAAAUCCAACAACAACCCGUUUCACAACUGGGACCCCUUCCCAGCGGGUGGGAGAUGCGCCUUACCAACACAGCCCGAGUAUAUUUCGUCGACCAUAACACAAAGACGACAACUUGGGAUGACCCUCGACUGCCUUCUUCGCUGGAUCAAAACGUGCCUCAGUACAAGCGAGACUUUAGACGAAAACUCAUUUACUUCCGUUCUCAACCUGCGAUGCGAAUUCUGAGCGGUCAGUGCCAUAUCAAAGUUAGGAGAUCCCAUAUUUUCGAAGAUUCUUUCGCAGAGAUUACCCGGCAGUCGGCCAUGGAUCUGAAGAAGCGUCUAAUGAUCAAAUUCGACGGCGAGGAUGGUCUCGAUUACGGUGGUUUGUCUCGAGAAUUCUUCUUCCUGCUCUCUCACGAGAUGUUCAAUCCCUUCUAUUGCUUAUUUGAAUACUCUGCUCACGACAAUUACACCCUUCAAAUCAACCCUCACUCAGGAAUCAAUCCCGAGCAUCUCAAUUACUUCAAAUUUAUCGGCCGUGUCGUUGGCCUCGCCAUCUUCCACCGCAGAUUCUUGGACGCCUUCUUCAUUGGCGCAUUAUACAAGAUGAUUUUGGGCAAGGCUGUGGCUUUGCCUGAUAUGGAGGGUGUCGACGCUGACUUCCACCGUUCCCUUCAGUGGAUGUUGGAUAACGAUAUUUCGGGUGGUAUUUUGGAACAGACCUUUUCUACCGAAGAUGAGAGGUUCGGCGUUAUGACAGUAGAAGACCUGAUUCCUAAUGGCAGAAACAUUGAGGUCACAAACGAGAACAAGAAGGAGUACGUGGAUCUCAUGGUCAAGUGGCGCAUUGAGAAGCGUAUAGCAGAGCAAUUCCAAGCCUUUAAGGAAGGUUUUCAUGAGCUCAUUCCUCAAGAUCUCAUUAACGUUUUUGAUGAGCGUGAGCUGGAGCUUCUCAUCGGCGGUAUUGCAGAAAUUGACGUCGACGACUGGAAGAAGCACACUGACUACCGUGGCUACACGGAGUCGGAUGAAGUUGUCCAGAACUUCUGGCAGACCGUCCGCUCAUGGGAUGGAGAGCAGAAGUCCCGUCUCCUGCAGUUUACCACGGGAACAUCACGUAUUCCUGUGAACGGUUUCAAGGAUCUCCAGGGUAGUGACGGCCCAAGAAGGUUCACGAUUGAAAAGGCGGGAGAAAUUGGCAACUUGCCCAAGGCACAUACUUGCUUCAACCGGCUUGACUUGCCUCCAUACAAGACUCUCGACGCACUGCAGCAAAAGCUGACUAUUGCCGUCGAGGAGACUAUGGGCUUUGGGCAGGAAUAG